GGUCCCAAGCUCCAGAAUGAGUAUAGGAGAGAGUGAGUGAGUAGUGCGCCUCGGCGAGUAUAAUCGCGUAAAAUGGAUUUACAAUUUGAUCGUUGAGAAUAAGUGAACAUGGGAAGGUCUAAAUUUCCCGGGAAACCGCCAAAGACGGUCACCAGGAAGCGUAUCAAAGUUCUCGCAUGGCCAGAAGCAACUCAAAGUGAUUCCAUAACUGUCGCCGAGAACAUCUACUACGGACUUUCCCUGUUCAAUGAGACGUUUGGUGACAACGAAAAGGAACAUCCACCGUUUCACGGUUUCAGCAGCAAAGAGGCUAAGCUAUCUGCGUCAUAUAUAAAAACGCAACAGCAAGAUGGAAAAAAUAGUGCGAAGGAUUCAUACGAAAAUCUUCCGUGUUCAAGCAGUAUUGAUGAGGAUAUUGUAAAAAAUACAAAAACUUCCUCUUCUGUUAAAGAAAAUCAUAAAAUUGAUGUGCAAGAGAAUAAAGAUCCUAUUAAGAACGAGAAAAUAGAAACAACAUCAUCAGUAAUAGUCGAUAAAUCCGAUGAAAAACCAUCAUCACCAUCAACAAGAGCAAAUAAAAGUGGAAAAGUUGAGAAAUUUUCAAAUUUUAUCAAAACACCUGUUUUAAAAUCGGUAAAUAAUAUUCUCGAUAGACAUCAUCGUACCAGGCAAUUGAGAAACAGUACAGCUAAACGUUUAUUGCAAAAAGCAAAAUCAAACAAUUCAAAUGCACGUGGUACUCCGGUACAAUCCACCACCGAUAAAUCUAUCAAUGUACGAAAAUUUGUUUUACCAAUACGCAGUGCUCAUUCCUCACGUGUCAUCAAACCAAAUAAACGAUUUAUCGAGGAAUUAGAGGAGAAAUCAACAACUGAGCACAGUGAAAAUGAUGCAAAACAAACGAAGAAAGCAAAAAAAGGGAAAGAGGAUGAAAAUUCAUUGUUAAAAUCAAAUGAAAAAGAAUCGAGGACAAAAUUAAAGAAGUUAAUUAAUCAAAAUUCUCAAUCCACUGGAAAAUGUAAUGAAAAAUCAAUUGCACAAACGACAUCAAGGCAAAAAAUUAAUAAACUAAAUUCAAAUGAUCAACCUCUUGCGUCCCAAUAUCAGAAACAUAAUAUUAUUAAUAAUAACAAUAAUGGUAUUCCUGCAAAAGUUCUUCCCAAUGAUACAAUCAAUAUUCCAAAUUCAGAGUCUUCCAGAAUUCAAACAAGAUCAGGAGCUCUUAAUAAUGCGUCCACCAGUCAAAAUCCUUCCCAAAAAGUACCUGAAAAUCAUGAAAUAUCAAUGCCCACUGAAGAAACAAUCGAAAGUAAUAAUAGUCUAAAAAAUUCGAAAAAUAGCCACGACACUAAUGAUAUUUCAACGAAUUGUAAAACAGAUACAGAUCAUUUUGAUUCGGAAAGUUCAUUAUCGGAAAGUGGCAGUGAACAUGGCAAUAAUUCCGAGGAUGAACAAUCCGAAUGGACAGGGACAAAAUUAAGUGGAGGAAAAGUGAUUUUAAGAAAGGCGAGAUUAAAAUUAGAUAACAAAACUUUGGGAGGAACUGAAGGACCUUUUUCAAUGGCAAAUGUUCAAUGUGUCUCUAAUGGAAGUCCAAAUACAGGACUCACAGGAACAGUGAAAUGUGGCGUUUGUGGAGCAGUAAGAUUCUAUCGAUUUGUGAAACAAGCUCGGAAAUUUGGCAUCUAUAGUUGUGAGUCUUGUCGAAAAUUCAUUAGUAAAAUGAUAAAACGUCAAGCUUGCGCUAAAUCGACAAACAAUACACUAACAUGCCUUCAAUGUCACAAGGGCGAUGGAUUGUGUUUAGUUCCACCUGUUGUAAGAAGUCAACAAUGGAAUCUUAUGAGAUGUGUUUAUAAAGCACGAUGUCCAGCGUGUUGGUUAAAAAUGUGUCUCAAAUGUUAUAAUAUACCAGCAGUAUUGCGUACAGGUUUAAAUGCAAUGUUACCACCAUUAAUGAGAGAUCCACUCACAAUAUCAUUGCCAUUGUGUCUUGACGAUAAUGAUUUACAAAAUCAAAAAUUAAUUGGUUGCAAUAUGGGUUGGCCAAAUGAGGAUUGUUUGGAAAAGAAUUUAUUUAAAUCGGCAAUGAAUUGGAAUAAUAUGGAAAUUGGACAAAAAUCUAAUUAUCAUAGUGGUGGUGCUGGUAGUCUUGGUGGUUUUUUAACAAAGAAAACAGAUAAAUUUGAUUAUCCCGCAUCAGUGUCGCCAAUAAAGAAACGUAAAAAGGAAAAUCGAAUAAAAGUACGUAAGAAAAUGAAAAAUCCUUCGGUUACACCGACGACGUUUAAUAAAAGUCCAACGGCAGUAUCAACGAGACAAAGGGUAGAAUUAAAAGGACCAAGAGUGAAGCAUGUGUGUCGAAGUGCUAGUGUUGCACUUGGUCAGCCAAUUGCAACUUUUCCAUCACCUGAUUGCAAAGAUGAUGUUGAAGUCAAUAAAAUUACUCCAAAAGCACAAAAAGAAGGUGAAAAAUCCGACAAAAAAGAAGAAGUUACCAGAGAAAAGGAGUCUCAUAAAUCUAAUCAAGAGGGUCUUAUUUGCAAUAUUAAUUCCAUUCCUCAAUUACAACCGAAGAGAGGCAAAAAUCAAAAUAAUUUGGCGGUGAAUUUUUCCGUGGAACGAUCUUUACCGAAACAGAUUGUCGAAACACUUCAUACUGUCUCUAUUGAUUUUUGGGAACAAUAUGAUCCAGCUCAAGUUGGAGCUAAAGGAUUUGCACUCAUUGGCUCUGAAUUAUUUCACAUUCCUGCCAUUUGUUUUUUGUGCGGAAGUGCUGGAAGAGAACCGCUUAUCCAUUGUCAGUGUUGUUGCGAGCCAUACCAUAUAUUUUGCUUGGAACCAAGCGAAUGGAACGCUUGUAUUCAACCAAAUUGGUGUUGUCCACGUUGUACAGUAUGUCAGACCUGUCAACUUCGUUCUGGAACAAAAUUAUCCUGUAUUCGUUGUCGACAAUCCUUUCAUUAUUCAUGUUUUCCAAAAUCUGGUGUCAGCGCAAGAUUAUACAGUCCUGACAGACCGUACGUAUGUCAAAGUUGUAUUAAAUGCAAAAGCUGUGGAAGUGAAGGGGUCAAUGUUUACGUGGGAAAUCUUCCAUUAUGCUCCAUGUGCUUCAAGCUACGUCAACGAGGAAAUUAUUGUCCUCUUUGUCAAAGAUGCUACAACGAAAAUGAUUUUGACACCAAGAUGAUGGAAUGUAAUGAAUGCUCCUGUUGGGUUCACGCACAUUGCGAAGGUCUUUCAGAUGAACGCUAUCAAAUACUCAGUUAUUUGCCUGACACCAUUGAAUUCACCUGUCGUCAAUGCUCGUCAAAUCCAAAUUCCAUUUGGCGUAAUGCAAUUGAAGCUGAACUCAAAACAGGAUUUAUAGCCGUUGUAAAAGCGUUGAGCAAAAAUCGAAAAACAUGCGCCGCACUUCAAUGGAGUCCAAGAAAAGAAUGUCUCUGUCGACCAUUGACAACAAUCAGGAAACUUGAUUUUGACGAAAAAUUCGAAUCAACAAAUAAAAAUGGUACAAUAAAUGAAGAUAUUGAUGAUUCUAUGACUGAUAAAUUAACGAGUGAAUCAAAUUGUAAUUUCAAAGGUGAGUUAAAUCGAUUUAACUUUGAUUUAGACGAGCAACCAAUUGACGUUCCUAGACGUGGUUUACGAAGAUUGAGACAAAAAAUUCACACCAAGGAUUGUAGUGGAAAAAUGAAAAACCACAGUGAAAUAAAUUCAAAGGAAAGUACCGAUCAAGAGAAUUCAAGUGAUUGUAAUUGUUCGGAACAACAAAUUAUAACGAGACCAUCGCCAACAUUAUUGUCGGUGAAGCAAAAAGUUAAUGGCAACGAAUAUGGUUCACUUGCACAAUUUCACUGUGAUAUGGAACAUGUUAUUAAUCGUAUAGGUGCUCCUGAUUUAUUAGAGGCUUAUCACAAUAUUCUAAAGGAAAUAUUCCCCUGGUUUGAUACUCUCAGUUCGUCAUUGGAGAUAAAUCUCUUUUCAACACCUUCCAAGGAGAAUCAAAAUGGUUUUGAUUCACCGGGAAUGAAAUUGGACAAUAGUAUUUUAGACGCAUGGAAAGAAGAAAUUUUAAGAUCACCAAAAUCAGUUACAGCAAAAACGGGAAAUGUUUACAGCAAUAUAAAUGUUGAAGAUGCUAGAUCUUGUUCUCUUUGUAAAGGUCUUGGCGAUGGUCAAGAAUUAAAAGAAGGUCGUCUUUUAUAUUGUGGACAAAAUGAAUGGGUUCAUUCGAAUUGUGCUCUUUGGUCUAAUGAAGUUUUUGAAGAAAUUGAUGGUUCAUUGCAAAAUGUUCACAGUACAAUAUCGCGAGGACGUUUAAUUCGUUGCAGCGAAUGUGGAAAAAAAGGAGCGAGUAUUGGUUGUUGUUCGAGAAAUUGUAAUAAUACUUUUCAUUAUUCUUGUGCGAGGAAUAUGAAUAUGUUAUUUAAUGAUGAUAAAACGGUGUUUUGCUCUCUACACGCGGACGAUUGUUCGAGUAAGAAGAUUCAAAAUGAAAAUGAUUUUUGUCUAAAGAGGCCCGUUUAUGUGGAAUUGGAUCGAAAGAAAAAGAAAUUCGCUGAACCUGAUAAAGUCAAGGUGAUGAUUGGCUCAUUGACUGUUGAUUGUUUAGGAACAAUAUCUCCGGAAUUUUCGGAUGGUAUUGAAAAAAUCAUACCCAGUGGAUAUAAAUGUUCGAGACUUUAUUGGUCAACGGUGAACCCUUUGAAAAUUGUCAGGUACUAUAUUAGGACUUAUGUUCAAGUAUAUGUACCAGAAGUAUCCACCGAUUUGGAAAAUAAUGUAACAAUCGAUCAUUCGAAGGAACAACAAAUUGAGGAGGAGUUAAGAAUUCAGAAAAUGGAAUUUUUAGCCGUUAAACAAACACUCGAUGCUCUUAUUGAUACAGUAUGCAAUAAAGAAGUCGAUGAAAAUCUUGCCGAGCAAAAUAAUACCGAUCUUCUACCUCCCGAAUUAAAGGAAGCUAUUUUUGAGGAUCUACCACACGAUCUGUUGGAUGGUAUCUCUAUGCAAGACAUUUUUCCAAAAAUGAGUAUCGAAGAUUUUCUAGUCAUGGAUUUAAAAAACGACGCGUUUUCAACUGAAUUGUUGAAAGAUGAAAUGCUUCCAACAGAGGUUGAGGAAUUGAAACUUUCUGAGAAUAAGGCUUCCAAAACGGAUUCAAUUUUAGAUUCUAACUCACAAAGUGACAGUUGGUUGGAGGCGAAAAAUUCUGAUCUAAUGGACGAUAUAUUUGAUCCAAAGAAUCAAAAACAAGGAAAAGAGAUAAGACGUUCAAAAUCAGAAGCAACGGGAAAUGUCAUUGUCAACGGUCAGAGAUGUCAACGUUCUUGUUCUUUAACUUGGAGUUGUAAACUAGACAGUACUUACAAUCCAACAAUGAAAAGAAGAAAAGUGCCGAGAAAUUCUAAUUCAGUCAAAUCCAAUGAUGCAAUUAUGGAACAACAAGACGAUCGGAAAUCAAUGUUUCACGAUUUGCGAAUUCCUGACAGCAUCAUGGUGACUGUUGGUCGAACGAGUACCUCGAAUAUCAUUUCAGAAUCGGUAAGAGAACUCAAAUAUUGUGUUGAUGAUGCCAGUAGUAUCAAUUGCAGACUCUUGCCAUCAAAGGACGAAACGAAAGAUCAUAAAAAUCUCCUAUGGCACUCGAGACAACAGCCGAGGAUAGUGCAAGUUGAUGGUCCAGCUGAUGCAAGCAGUGCCAGCGAAUGCAGCUCUCCCGAGUACAAUCUUGAAGAGAGAAUCCUUCCAAAUUGCCCCUCAAUGCCCCAACUUGACGGAGCCAAUGAUGACACAUCACAGGACAACAAAUUGGAAGCAAAAGAAAUCAAAAUCCAAUCAGACGAUGCAAAAGACAUUCUGAAAUCGAGAUUACAAAGGAUUUUCGAAUUCAGUGAGAUAGAAUCAAGGAAAAAACUCACUGAGCAAGAAAUCUCUAAAAAUGCAUUUUCUCUGAAAAUCCCUCAACUCGACGGUGCUGAUGAUAUUUCCAGUGAUGAUGAAUGCAUAAAUUCGCAAAUUAAUCACGAGAUCAAUCAAUCAAUUCCAGAAGUGAUUACAGAAGAACUCGGUGAUCAACCAGUCAAAUGUAAACGUUGCCAAUGCACUUAUCGAACUCUAGACAGUUACAAUCGUCAUUUGACAAAUUGUGACAUUAUGACAACAAGUGACAGCGAUUCAGAAACAAUGGAUAAUAAAUUAGCAUCACCGGAUUCAACAUUUUCCAUGUCACCGCAAUUUGCAUCAAUGUCACCAUCCGAGGGUCAUACACUUCUAUCCGAAUAUCCCGAUAUGCAAGUGACAUCACCAUUGGAAGCAUCAGUUCCUUCACCUCAUCCCAAUAUGCAAAUUGAACCAAUUGCACAGGCAAUUAUCACUCCACAAAUGCAUACUCACGCAACUGUGGAAACUGUUCAUCAAACAGUAUUAACUUCAAAUGACAUGAUUGUACAAACUCAAUAUACAAGAACAACAACAACACUUCCAAAUUCUUCAGUUGUACCAUCAGAGAACGGUGUUCAAAUCACCGAAAUUCCAAGUUCAGAUUCAAAUGAUUUAAAUCCCAUGAAUCCUUCGACGGAAACAAUAACCAAUUUUUCCCCACCAAUUCCCACUCAACCAUCAGUGAAGGCUCCAAAGGUAAAAUCACCUAGAGCUCCAAAACCAAGAACUAAAACUGUUCGGGCACCAGUUGUACGAAAUUCUGGACAAUCGUCAAUUAGAUGUCAAGCGAUGCAAAAUAAUCCACAAAUGAUACAAUUGCAACAAUCACAAAGGCAGGCGGCAACUGCACCAACAGUUAUUUUACAACAGGUCGCACCUCAAAGUCUCAUGUCAGCAUACGUUGAAACUUUACAACAACAAUCGGGACAAAAUUUGCAAUACAUUGCCGCAAUUGGUGGUCAACAUGAAGCGGCAUUUAAACCUCAAUUUAUCGCCACUAAUCAAUUGGUUCCUGGUUCGUACAUACAGACAACGCCUGAUAAUUUAUUAGCUCUACAGAAUGGUGGUAUUUCGGUGCUUCCAAGUGUCCAAUUGGCUCAACCUCAACCAACAGUUUUGGGAACAAUUAUCCAACAGCAGCCAAGUGCAAUUCAAUGCGGAGUAAUAUCCUCGGAGCAAUUGGUUCUAAGUUCAACUCCCACUUUGGAAAUGUUCACCGAUUCCACUGGAAGUAUGUUUGUAUCAAGCCAACCAAUGUAUUAUGGCUUGGAAACAAUUGUCAGCAACACGGUGAUGUCAUCAAGUCAAUUUGUCGCCGGUACAGUACCUCAAGUUUUAGCCAGCAGUUAUCAAACGACAACACAAGUAUUUCAAGCUUCAAAACUCAUGGAGCCAAUUGUUGACGUUCAAGCAGUGUCAGCAAUGCCAAAUGUCCCAACAGUGCAAGCAGUUCAAGGCGUUCCUGGAAUGGCUGGCAGUUAUGUUGUCGUCAAUCAACCAGCUUCUUUAACAGACACAAUUUCAACACCUCAAUUGAGCGUAUCAACGAAUCCCGAACCUAAUUACACACCCGUUGCGUGUACAAAUCUUUCAUCAACAAUAACCCCAACACAAUCUAUCGAAUCAGUAAGAACUUCAGUUGGACCAAUUCUAGAAUCAUCAGUCAGACCAAUUCACAAUCUUGAAACAACAUCCUCCAUUAGACCUAUUCUCGAUGAAUCAAUUCAAAAUUUCGAAACAUCAAUUGUCGAUAUAAAUAAUUCAUUAAAGCAAAUGCCAACAAUUCCAAGAGUAGCGGUUCGACCAAAUCCAAUGAAUCCAUCAGAAAAUGAUCCAUGGAAAAUUACUGAACCAAUUCUUGCCAAUGAGCAACCAAUUAACAACAGUAUUCGGCCUUAUUUUGAUUCAAAACACGUGUCACAAAACACAAGCAUGAUUAAAUCGAGCAUAUCAAGCAAGAUUCCUCCCUUGCAUAAUCAUUGCACUCAUAGAAAUAUUGUAAAUAAAUGUAAUGAUGUAAAUAGUGUGCAUAGUAACUACAGUAGCUCGCUAACAAAUAACAAUAGUAAUUGUAAUAAUUUAACAUUAAAUAAUAGUCCAGUUAUCUCAAACCCCAGUGCACAGAAUAAAAUAAUGACAUUUAAUACCCGACCAAUGAACAGGGUUCUACCGAUGCAAGCUGUCACGCCUAAAUUAGAAUCCAUAAAACAAAACCAAAAGUCUGAUAUUGUGGAAGAGCCUACAAAACCCGAAAUCAAAUCAAUUGAGACUGAAAAAAUCGAUUUACCACCCAAGGAAAUUUCUCCGAUUAUUAAACCUGAGAUUAAAUUAAAAAUCAAUAAUUUGGAAAUGAUCGUCGAUGCAACUGGUGAAAAUUUCAAAUUACUGGAAGAAUUCGAAGAGAAUGAUAAACAAAUAUUCAAAGAAAAUUUCAGGGAAAAUCUCAAAGAAAACAAUAUAAUCAGUCUAAAAGAGAAUGUCAAGAAAAAUAUCAACGAGAAUAUCAAGGAAACAUUCACUGACAAUAUCAAGGAAAGUCUUAAAGAGAACGUCAAAGAAUUUGCUAAUGAUACACUAAUAAAAGAAAAUCUAAAUGAAAAUCUAAAAGAAACGAUAAAAGAAAACACAAGAGAAACUAUUAAAGAAAUUAAGGAUAACGUACGAGAGAGUAUAAAAGAAAUAAAAGAAUACGUAAGGGAAAAUAUCAAAGAAAUGAAAGGCACUAUUAAAGAAAUAGCAAAAGUAAAUAUGAAAGAAAUAGCAAAGGAAAAUAUAAGGGAAAAUAUAAAAGAAAAUGUAAAAAUCAAGGAGAAUAUUAAGCGUGAAAAAGAUAAUGUUAAAGAGAAAAAGGACAAAAAUGAAAGUAUGAAAGAAAAUUUAAAAAAUAAAUCCGAUAUUGAGCCCAAAGAAAAAUCACCAUCAUCAUUGAAAAUUGUACUACAAAAACAAUUACAAGAUGGUUCUUACAAAAUUACACACAAUUUAACAACCACAAAUCAGAAAAAAUCGAUUCCACAACCACAAAAUCAGUUACAACUUUUACCAAUCAAAACAUUUACAUUAAAAACAAAUGCCCUUAGCGAAAAAACUGUAUCAACAAAUAAUAAUCUAAAUUUCGUGAAAAUUAAAUCACCACCAAUAGCCGUGAAAAAACCGAGACUUGCGUCAAAAAAUGCAGUGAAAAACUCAAAACAACAACCACCACCACCAACAAUUGUACAGCAAAAGAAAAAAUUAACAGUACCAAGUCUUAUGUAUGAAAUUAAGUCACAAGAUGGUUUUACACAUACAGCAUCAUCGAUGAGUGAAGUUUGGGAAACUGUAUUUCAAGCUGUUCAAAAUGCACGUAAAGCUCAUAAUUUACCGCCAUUACCUCAUAAUCCAUUGACGGAAAAUCUUGGAUUGGAAAAUAAUGCAACUGUCUAUUUGGUGGAACAAUUGCCCGGUGUUAAUAGAUGCACAAAAUAUAAACCAAAAUUCCAUAAUUUAACACCACCAAAGCCAGGUGAAGGUGAUGGGGAUUUAUUGACGGAAUGUAUUAAUGGAGCUGCACGCGCUGAACCAUUCAAGGAGAGAAAAGUUCACGAUGUCUUUAGUUGGCUUGCUUCGAGGCAUCGACAACAACCAAAGCUGAUUGCAAUCACAGAAAAUGAAUCCAGAAGAGCAGCUAGCACAAAUCUGCCAAUGGCGAUGAGAUUCAGAAUUCUUAAGGAAACAUCAAAGGAAUCAGUUGGCGUUUAUCAUUCACACAUUCAUGGCAGAGGACUCUUUUGUUUACGGGACAUUGAAGCUGGAGAAAUGGUCAUUGAGUAUGCCGGAGAAGUAAUUCGAGCUUCCCUAACGGACAAGCGUGAAAAAUAUUACGACAGCAAAAACAUUGGAUGCUACAUGUUUAAAAUAGAUGAUCAUCUCGUUGUUGAUGCUACUAUGAAAGGAAAUGCAGCAAGGUUUAUUAAUCAUUCGUGCGAGCCGAAUUGUUAUUCACGAGUGGUUGACAUCCUAGGUAAGAAACACAUUUUAAUUUUUGCUCUACGCCGCAUCGUUCAAGGAGAAGAGCUGACGUACGACUACAAAUUUCCAUUCGAGGAUAUUAAAAUACCGUGUACCUGCGGCUCUCGCAGAUGUCGUAAAUACCUCAAUUGAGACUGCGUAAAAAUUUUUUUUUUUUUAGUCUAAGAACGCGAUUGGGCACAAAAAAAAGAAGCAAUGAAAUAUGCUGACAUUGAGUGCGUUUUUGAGACAGAAUUUCAGUUAUUAUAUUAAAUCGUUAUUAAUUUAAUCGGCGAUGAUAUAUUUUCAGAGAUGACAGCUUUUUUAUUACUAAAAAAAAGGCAUAAGGGGAUUAAAUGGGAGGGAGAGAGAGAGAAAUGAAAUAUCUAUAGAUUUAUAGUUACAUAGAAGGCCAGAUAUACAUAUUUACGUUGAAAAAGCAUUGUUGUAAUGUUACCAUAUAAUUUUUUGGUUAACAUAACUAUGCUUUAUGGUUGAUUUAAGGAGAAUACUUAUAUAUAUAUAUAGCAAUAACCCUAUUACAGAUUUUCUGCUUUCGCUCUAGAAACAAUGUGCAAAUCGCUAAACUUAGUUUCAUUACGAAUUUAUAAAAAUCUCGUUGCACUUUUGUCCCCCCCCCCCCCACUAGCGAGGCUUUCUCUACAAAAUAUAUUAUUAGCACUUUAUUCCAAGUGAAAGAAAAUUAUGUUAAUUAUUCGAAAUUUAGUUUGUUUUCGUUUAUUUUUUUAUUUACGUGAAUUAAAAGUUAUUAAUAUUAAAAAUUAAUUAAUCGAAUAAGCAAAAUUUAAUUGACAUUUAUUAAUAUUAUUAAGAAAUGUUUUGAGUUUAAUGUGAAAGUACUAUAAAAAUUCAAACUUGUUUUAUUAUAAACAAGUUAUUAUAGUCUAUUUUUUUUUAAUUGCAUAAAAUCAAUUUAUGCAGAUUUUUCAUUAAUUUCUAAGUUUUAAUUUAUUUUUAUAAUUUUCAUUAUAGUUAUUUUUAUUUUAUUAUUUAUUAUUUUAUAUUAUUAUUAUUUUCGCCGGUAUUUUAUUCAAUGAAAUCGAAAAAUACCACAAAAAUAUUAUUAGUCUUCCAAAAGAAUAGAAAUUUCUUUUAUUUUUUAUAUCUAUUUUUUUAGAACUAAAGCAAUGCAAUUGUAUUAGUUUGAAAAUUAUUUUUUUUUUAAUUUCUUUUUAUAAAAGAUCAAGAUUGACUUUAUUUUACAUAUUAAGAAACAUUUUUUUCGUUUGUUUUUUGACCAAAAAAAAGACAAGAAAAAAAUAAUUCUGUUUUUUUUGAGUAAUUAUUUUUAAAAAAAAAAUACUUUUGAAAGCCGAAGAUUAAAUAAAUAUUGAGAUUUAUUUUAUGAAGAUAUAUAAUAUCUAUAUUUUUUUUUUUUAGAAAUAUAUUCAUUAAAUAAAAAAAAGUGAUUUUUUUCAAGAUUUAAAAUCAGGAAAAAAGAAUUUGUAAUUUGGAAUAAAGUGCUGGAAAAUUACUUUUAUAGAACACUCUGUGUAUUGCUUUAGGCUGAAUUAUCAAACUCUCUUUGUAAAAUAUUAUGUAAUUGUUAGAGUGUAGGGAUUGUCUCGAUAUAAAUUAGUACAGUAAUGAAUUUUUAAACAUUAAAACUACCUAGAAUGAUAUAAAUAUAAAAAAAUAUAUAUAUAUGUUCUAAUGAGAUGAGGAUUGAGAGAAUGAAAGGCAUGAGAGGAAAAAUAAGCUACUUUGGCAGAUAUUGAUGAAAAAAAAGUCAAAUAUUGUGACAUUAUCAAUGGAUAAAAGAAAGUCAAAAUAGCGAGCUUUAUAAUUAUCUCGCGAUAUAGGACUUUCGAUUUCCAUUUAUGUGCGUUAGAUAUCGCAUGCAAUAUUGCACGCGUUACGCAAAACAAUUAUUUCAUGUGGAACUUGGUGUGAAUCGCAUAAAGCGUGGAUUUUAAUACUUUUAUUAUUAUAAUUAUUAUUAUUAUUACAAAUUUCUAAACUCUAUUCUCAUGUUACGUCACAGUGCUUCCACUCUGAUGAAAGCAUUCAUGCUUACUUCUUUAUUCCAUUAAUUUUCAAUGAUAACGUGAUUCGUUUCCUUUUAUUUUUUAAUUAAUUAAGCAAUUUAUUUUUUUAAAUUAAAUUAUUUUUUACUGCUAAUUGUCGCGAAAGCUUUAGAAACUAGAUUGUCACGCCAUUCAAUAUUUUUCUAUAAUAAUAUAUAUUUUUUACUGCAAAAUAUUGUAAGAACACUUUAAGCUGUGCAAAAAAAAGGGCGAUAAAAUCGCAAAAAAAAAAAAAUUAAUUAACUUCAAAGAACGAAUAUAAAAAUUGAAGUUUUUUGUAUUACGAACGAGAAAGAAUUUGAAUUUGUUUUUAUUUUUUACACGCAAUUUCAAAAAAAAAUUUUUUUUUGAGAAAUAUUGUUAUUUUUCUCGUUUGUAUUCAAGAUGAAAUGAUGCGCGAAAUAAAGGGAGAGAAGAAAAAAAAUUUUUUUGAUUGAUUAUUAAAAUUAAUAUUAAUGUCCGUUUGAAAUCUUCCUGGUGAUAAGAAAUCAAAGAAAAAAAAAAGUCUUUUAGAAUAGUAAAAAGAAAAAAAAAAGUGAGGAUAUUGACGAUUUAUCGUGAAUAACGGUACUGAAUCUGUGAGAUGAAAUUUUGCCUUAAAUUUUUUAAUUCUAUCUAUACGUUUUAAUCCAGUGAUAAGCUUAAUAAGGAAACGUGUCGAAGACUUUUUUAGCUCCUCAACUCGUUAAUGAAAAAAAAAAAUUGUCUUUCUAAUUAUUUAUAAUAAAAAAAAAAAAAUAAUAAUCCAUAGGAUAUACAAUAUAAAUAAGGAAACGAAAGUAUUUCGAAUGACACAAUUUAUCAAUUUCUGCCGAGGUAGUCCUCCCGUUAAUCUGGUGCUCCCUGGACACCGUCAAGUGCACUUUUCAAAUGAAAAAUAAAAAAAAAAAAAUAAUAAUAAAAAUUAAAAAAAAAGAAAUAAUAACAAUGGCCUAGAUAAUAAGAGAUAGUAGAUCAAUGCAGAAGUGUUUGAUAAUAAUUAAUAGGGAAGGUUAUUUCGAUAGUAGAAAUGAAGAUUGUCGAUUGCGAUUUAUUUAACGGAGUAAUAUAAAAAAAAAAAUUGAUUGAAAUGAUGGCGGGAACGUACGCCAUUAUUAUUUUUUGUUUGUUUAAUCGGCCUGGUUUGGUACAAAUUGUGUAUGAUGAGUUGUAAAAAGUAAAUGAGAGAGGAAAAAAACAGAAAAAAAAAAAUUGUAAACUAGUUCUGGUCACGAGAAAUUGCCAUUUUUUUAGGUAUUUUGAUUCUUUUCUUUUUUAAAUGUAUAAUUAAUUCUAAUCGAUGAUUAUAUUCUAUAACGUGCAGAUGAAUUAUUGUUAAUAUAAUGAUAAUUAAUAUUAUAAUUUGUAAAAAAAAAAAAUGAUAUGAAUUAAGGAAGGUAAUUACUUGAAUAUAUAAAUAGAAAUGUUAGAUAUUUUAUUGAUAUUUAUUGAUUACAGUCGAAUUUUGAGAUAGGUGAAAAAAUAUUUUUUUUUUUUAUUAUUAAUAUUAUAUAAAUGGAGGCGAUAUAAAAAAAAACCCUUUGCGCAAAUGUCAAUCAGCGAGUAUUUUUUUAUUUUAUUUUAUUUUAUUUUUUUUGCUUAAGGGAAGCGUAUUUCACAGAAAUUACUUUUUAAUUUGAGCAUUUAUUUUUUUUAUAUCAAAGAACUGUAAGUUGUUAAAGGGAAACAAGUUCACGAGCCAGUGAGUACAAGAGCUAAUUAUAUACAUGAAUAUUUUCUGUAAGGCACGCGUCCCUUUGUAGUAGGUUUUUUUUUUUAUUUAUAAUUUGAAGAGGAGCGUACGUGUACUAGCGAUUUCGAGAUAGAGUACAGAAUUGCUUUAUAAUUCCUUGCUUAACGAAUAUUUUUCUUGUUGAGUCUUAAGUAUCUCCUGAAUCUCUCAUUGCUACACUUUAGUAGAGUGAGAAUUUUCUAGUAUUGCACUACAGCCCACACGACUAUUAUUAUUAAUUAAAACUACGCAUAGAUAAUUAGUAAUCAUUGCUCGCUCGUGUACACGUCGGUAAUUUUUUUUUUUUACACGCUCGUAUUAUUUUCUUCUUUUCUGUCUUGUUUUCUAUUCUAGUUUUUCUUUCUUUUUGUUCUUUUUUCUAUUUUCUUUUUAACGCGACCUGAACUUUCUUUAUAAUUAUCCUACUGCUAAAUAGGGAUUUUUUUGUACAAUAAUUUUAACAGCGAACAAAUUUCUAAUUCCCUCGAAAGGGAAAUAUUCUUCUCCGUAGUUUAUAGAUUUAUUAUUAUUAUUAUUAUUAUAUAUAUAUAUAUAUACUUUAGAUGAAGAAUCGCUUUUUAAGAAACGCAAUCGUAGUCAGUUUUCAAAUUAAUUAUCAAAAUCUUCUGUCAGCAUUGAAAAAUUCAAAGUAUAUAGAUUUAUAUUCGAGAUGUAUAAGAGUGAAUAGGAAUGAAUAAUGAGAGAGUAAUUUAAAAAAAAAAAAAAGAUGAUAAAGAGGGAGAAACGACUUUUAAGGAAUUAAAAUUGAAAUAUAAAACGCUUCUUGACACACGUGUAAACAUACUACUAUCGUAAUUUCUAGAGAAAAAUAUUGUAGAAUAUUUAAUAAUUAAUAUUGUAUUCGUUUUUUGGAGAAAAAGAUUACUAAUGAAAAAACGACGAAGACGACAAAACCGAAUGACGUAGAAAGGGGGAUAAAUAAAAAAAAAAAAAAAAAAAAAAAAGUUAAAAAAUUGUCUGUGAUUAUCAGUCAUAAUAAUCUUUAGGUCAACAUAUUUUUUAGAGAAUAUUUUUUAGAAAAUUACAAAAUUUAUGAUAUAUAUCCCUAUUAUUGAUAUGAUAUUGGAUCAAACGUGCUACGCAUAAUAUUAUACAAUAUAUAAAAUUUGGAAAAAAAAAAAAUAAAACUAUAUAUGACUAGUUGAGACCGAUGGCUGUUGUAAAAUAUUCAGUGUUUGGACAAAUAACUAUUGAAACUUAUUUAAUAAUAACAAAACUAAUAUCAAUGACAUACUAAUAUUAAUGAUUAAAAAAAAAAAAAAAAAAAAAAAAAAAUAUUGCAUAUUAGUAGCAUUUUUAACUCUGCGUUUCUGCAUAUUCACCGAGAGAAUGAAAGAAAGAAAAAGAAAAAAAAAUAGGCCAUAUAGGGAAAUUAUUGUAGAUCGCAUAAAACAAAAAAAAAAUGAGUCACGAGGAAAUGUAUAAUUACGCAAUGGGAUAUCAUUGGACAUUAUAAAGGCACUCGACACAUUUCUUUUUUUUUUUUUUUUUUUUUUUUUGUUCUGUGGCAAA